UCAUGUGACCAGCGCUCCUGUCAUCUGUGUUAACCAGCAGCAUUUAGCAAAGCUCGCCGAGCACAGUUGACUUUCUCAGGUGUUCCUUCUCUUUGUCCAACGAUGGCAACGCUGGUGGCAAACAGGGCGAUGGACGUGAACGGUGUGGCUGCGGCGGCACGGACUCACACUCAGGCGGUGACCAGAAACUACAUCUCUCAGCCCAGACUCACUUACUCUACUGUGUCUGGUGUAAAUGGCCCCCUGGUGAUCCUGGAUAAUGUGAAGUUCCCCAGAUACGCAGAAAUCGUCCACCUGACUCUGCCUGAUGGCACCAAGAGAAGUGGGCAGGUCCUGGAGGUGAUUGGCAGCAAGGCAGUUGUCCAGGUGUUUGAGGGAACGUCCGGCAUCGAUGCCAAGAAGACUGCCUGCGAGUUCACUGGUGAUAUCCUGCGAACGCCCGUGUCAGAGGACAUGCUGGGGCGCGUGUUCAACGGCUCAGGCAAACCCAUCGACCGUGGGCCCAGUGUUCUGGCCGAGGACUACUUGGACAUCAUGGGUCAGCCCAUCAAUCCUCAGUGCCGUAUCUACCCUGAGGAGAUGAUCCAGACCGGUAUCUCAGCCAUCGAUGGCAUGAACAGCAUCGCCAGAGGACAGAAGAUCCCAAUUUUUUCAGCUGCUGGGUUGCCACACAAUGAGAUUGCUGCCCAAAUCUGUCGCCAGGCCGGCCUAGUGCAGAAAUCCAAGGAUGUAAUGGACUACAGUGCAGAGAACUUUGCUAUCGUUUUUGCUGCCAUGGGGGUGAACAUGGAAACUGCUCGCUUCUUCAAGUCUGACUUUGAAGAGAACGGCUCCAUGGACAAUGUCUGUCUCUUCCUGAACCUGGCCAACGACCCCACUAUCGAGCGCAUCAUCACCCCACGCUUGGCACUGACCACGGCCGAGUACCUGGCCUACCAGUGUGAGAAGCACGUCCUUGUCAUUCUGACUGACAUGAGCUCCUACGCUGAAGCUCUGAGAGAGGUCUCUGCUGCCCGUGAGGAGGUUCCCGGCCGCCGAGGCUUUCCCGGCUACAUGUACACUGACUUGGCCACCAUCUAUGAACGUGCCGGCCGUGUGGAGGGCAGGAACGGCUCCAUCACUCAGAUCCCCAUCCUCACCAUGCCCAACGACGACAUCACCCAUCCCAUCCCUGAUCUGACUGGAUACAUCACAGAGGGUCAGGUCUAUGUGGACAGACAGCUGCACAACAGACAGAUCUACCCACCGAUCAACGUGUUGCCUUCACUGUCUCGUCUGAUGAAGUCGGCCAUUGGAGAGGGGAUGACGAGGAAGGACCACGCUGAUGUCUCCAACCAGCUGUACGCCUGUUAUGCCAUCGGGAAGGACGUCCAGGCCAUGAAGGCUGUGGUGGGAGAGGAGGCACUCACCUCAGAUGAUCUGCUCUACCUGGAGUUCCUGCAGAAGUUUGAGAAGAACUUCAUCGCUCAAGGACCGUACGACAACAGGACCGUGUAUGAAACCCUGGACAUCGGCUGGCAGCUGCUGAGAAUCUUCCCUAAGGAGAUGCUGAAGAGGAUUCCUCAGAGCACCCUGGCUGAGUUUUACCCCAGGGAGUCUGCUAUCCGCCACUGAGGCCACAGCGGCAUUGUAGCUCCGCCCACCCUCUCUACCCAGCAUCCUCCUCUCUGCACUUCCAGGGGCUCUGUGACCUAUGCUGUUUCUGCCAUAUUCAUUUUCUCUACUCUUCUCACAUAGGGUUCUUCUUCUUCCCCAAUGUACUGUGUGUGUGUGUGUGUGUCCACAAGUUGUCAGUGGAAAGUGUCUGUACUUGUUAAUAUUUACCUUUAAUUGCUAAAAAAAAAAAGAAACCUGUGAGAAUCGUAAUUGUUAAACAGAUUUAUUUAUUCUUUAUUCUUCUUUCUUCAUGAUCAGUGCUACAAAGUAUCUUAGAAUCUCCCGUCCUACACAGCAAAGGUUUACAGGAGGACAGAUGUGUUUACUUAUGGACAAAAUAAACCCAGGAAACGCAGUAGAAGCUCUGGGGUCAGUACUGAGGUGCUGAUCUUAUUACUAAUUGUAACAAGUGAUUAUUGUAUUUGUGUCAGUAUCUUAAAACAAAAGAAAACCAUGCAGAACAACACAAAUAUUGGUAAUAGUAUUUUUCACGUGGACUUAAAUCUCUUUAGUGAACAUGCAGUUCUAGUGUUUGCUGUUUCUUUGAUUUUUCAAUAUAAAAGUAUAUGAAAGUAUAUGUUAAACAUUCCCACGUGUCUGAAACCAAAUGUUGUUGUGAGUGUUUGUGUCCAUGAAUAAAGUAAAUUAUUUGAGAAA